AUGGCCUGGAGGUGCUCUGGCUCAACCAACGCCGAGCUCGUGGACAAUCUCGUUAGGGGAAGCCUGCUGCAGACCCCGCGGGUCAUCGAGGCGUUCAAGAGAGUCGACAGACGCUUUUACGUCCAGGACAAGUACGAGGCGUACCGGGACUCGCCGUCGUACAUCGGGUACGGCGCCACGAUCAGCGCUCCCCACAUGCACGCUCACGCGGUCGAAAUUCUCGAACCUUUCUUGAAGCCGGGUGCCAACGUUCUCGACGUCGGCUCUGGCUCAGGCUACCUCUGCGGCAUCUUCCACUCGCUCGUCCAGCCCGGAGGCACGGUCCUUGGCAUCGACCACCUUGACGGCCUCGUCACGAUGGCUCGCCGUAACCUCAUGAAUGACCCGUCAACCGCACCUGCGCUCUGCGACGACCAGGACAGCCCUGUUGAUCCAAAGGUGCCGAACAGCAAGACGAUGCAGGUGAUCAAGGCGGACGGAAGGAUGGGCGCGCCGAAGGAGUUCUUGCCGCACGGAGGGUGGCAGGCGAUCCACGUUGGCGCCGCGGCUCCCCAUCUCCCGCAACCUCUCAUCGACCAGCUCGCCUCCCCCGGCCGCAUGUUCAUUCCAGUCGGCAGCGCCCUCCAAGCCGUCUGGCAGAUCGACAAGGACGCCGAGGGAAACGUGACGAAGAAGAAGCUGUUCGGGGUCUCCUACGUUCCGCUCACGGAUGCGCAGGAGCAGUACCCCGAAAAUGGGUCGCCCUGA